AAUUGUAAAACUUCUUAUCUUUUAUUAUUCAUUUUUUCCCCUAAUUGAAACAGAAAAGUUAUCUACUGUAUAUUUCUGGAUAAUGUUCACUGGGCAAGGAUGGCCAAUGGAAAAGCUAUCGUCAAUGAAAACCGCUAAGAGUAGUGGUCUUCUUCUUCUUCACCUACUAACCUCUCAACCCUCAAACCCCAACAACCAUUCUCUCCUUCUUUUCUUCCCUCAAAAAACCAAUUCUUUAAAUAAACUCACUGCUACAAAUUCACUCUCUACUCAUAUUCUUUCUCAGCCUCUUCACCUCUGCAAGUCUAGCAAGUGGGACUCAAAUGCUGAGUCUAUCAAGAACCAGAAUUUUAUUAAAGUUUGGGAUUUUGAAGAUGAGGAAGAGGAGGAGUUUUAUGGGGAUGAAAUCUUAGACCAAGGAGCUCAAGUUUUACAGGAAUAUAUUGAUUGUAUUUGGAUUUUUAAGGUUUUCUGGUCCUAUGGUUGGGCGCUUCCGCCAAUUCUAAUAGCCUUGUUGAUAACAGGAGGUCCUAAAGCUUUUCUUAUGGCAUUAGCCAUUCCCCUUGGACAAUCCACAUUUUCUUUUGCAAUCCAAAAGAUGCUGGAUACGACACAAAACAAACCAAGGCGCAAGAGUAAAACUAAGAAGAGGCAGCGUGUUUCCACCUCAAACAAGACAAACUUUGGGAGAAGAGGAGGAAGCCCCAAGACACGAAGGAGAAAGCCAAGUUAUCAAACAUGGGCGUCCACAAAUGGCGUCUCAGCUAAUAAGGAUGAGCCCGAGGUAUCUAGAUACGGAGGAUGGGAUGAACUUGAUCAAGUAAGUGAGUCUACUAGCACUGGUUCAUUUGUAAAUUCAGCUCAAUCAUCAAUUGGAACAUCAAAGAUACCUGUGGAAAAGGGCAAGUUAAGUAACCAAAAAGCGAAAAGCGAUACACCCCUAUUGUUAAGGUUGUUGAUUUCCAUUUUCCCAUUCUUGGCUUCAUGAACUAAGUUGCUAUAGUAUAUUGGCAGCUUAAUAUUGCACAAAAGAUUGAACACAGGGUAAAGGAUAUCUAUAGAAUAAAAUUGAACAGUUUUUUAUUUUAUUGUUUGAAGUUUCCCUUUUUA